AUGGGCCUUUUGGAGGAUCAUGUGGCUGCUGAAGGCACAAUAAAUGACGAAUUUGGGCCCAAAUUUUUCAAGGCAUGUCUUCCAAUGGUCCUCAAGUGGACUCUUGGGGGACUCCGGGAGGACUGGGCUUCCCGUACUAGGUCGGGAGUGAUCGGCGCAGCACAUCGUCUCCCUCCUUCUUUGGAACGUGAUGUGCAUCCUCUCCCUCCUUCGGCUACCCCACGCACCGCCAGCGGGGGAUCUCCGACUCCGACUAUUCGAGAUCCUCUCUCUUUUCAUCUCCUACCUCCCGCCGUCUGCCGCCUUGAGGCUCGGAAUAUAACCCUUCGAGGCGCAGGGCGUGUAGCCGAAAAGGUGGAGCAAAUUCUCCAAUUAUUGAUUUAG